AUGAACCAAACAGACAGAAAUGAACAAGAUGUUCCUGCAUAUCUUAAUGAGGAGCCACCAGAAGGUAAAUUUCAAUAACAAGUUUACCAUGGUUCUGUCAGCUUUAAGGUUUCGGCUACAAACCUGUUUGUCCCUGUGUUCCCGGGUGUAAGUGCCAUUGAAUCCAGUGAGACUUACUUCUGAGUGAACUUGUAAAAAGGAAGAAGAAAUAUUCGUACGUUACAGUGCUUGAAGGAUUUCAUCAAGCCUACUUUAGAAAAUGAUUGCUCUUAGUGCUGAGGAGCCGAGCGAUGCAAUGUGGGGGCUGAAAUGUAGUCCAUCUAUUCAUUAUUAAUCAGUUAUUUACUAAAUUGUGAAUAAGUUUCCCUCUUAUGAACUUACAGUGGUACCUCGGGUUAAGUACUUAAUUCGUUCCGGAGGUCCCUACUUAACCUGAAACUGUUCUUAACCUGAAGCACCACUUUAGCUAAUGGGGCCUCCCGCUGCUGCCGCGCCACCGGAGCACGAUUUCUGUUCUCAUCCUGAAGCAAAGUUCUUAACCCGAGGUACUAUUUCUGGGUUAGCGGAGUCUGUAACCUGAAGUGUAUGUAACCCGAGGUACCACUGUAUUUCAAUUUCAAGACUAUAGCUGACUCUGCAUAGAAAAUCACAAAAAAAAAAAUUUUUUUUUUGAUUAGUUUAAAAUUGUGUUUGCCCAUGCCUCCACAGUGUGCUUCACAGCUGAGGAGGCAUUGGGUUUUUAACAACCAGGUCCAACUCUUAGCAUCUUAUCUUCCCCGGCAUAUGCUUUUUGGUAAAUUCUGCAAACCUUUGUUUCCCAAAACACUGCUGAUUUCUCCCUGCUAUGUAUGGAUGGUGUUGUUUUGGCUGCAUAAGGAUCCACAUUCAGAGAAUGAGUUGCUGUUAGCGUAUAGGACAGCACAGAAGCUGUACAUGCUUAUAUGCCAAUAAAUCCUGUUUUAUUUCUUGCAUACCUUGGCCUAUUGGUUUCGCUUAUGUUCCUGAAUUUCUAUUUUAGGCUGCGUAUGUCUUGCUAUUACCAGCUUAUUGGUUUAAAUGAAAUUUAGGAACUUAUUUCUUGCAUAGUUUGUCUUAUCCAAUAGGCAUGAGUUUCACAGUGGUCAAUUCCAUUUUAUUUCAUGGACUUGUGUGCUUCAUAGCAUGUGGUUCAGAAAUUCAGAUAACUUAUGACACUUUUCACAUAGAGAGCUAAUCUUAUAAAAACUGAAAUUCACAGGCUUCUGAAAUGAGUGACCACCUCACUGAUCUGUCAACCACUGUUAGGCUUUCUCCUGUCUCCUCUGCAGUACUUAGAUACACAAUCAGGUUUAAGUGGUUGUUAAUAGUGGACUGUGCAGUUUCUGAACAUACUUUGACUUGAGUCACUCUCAGUAGCAACAGUUGAGUAAUGCCUAUCAUCAUCAUCAUCAUCAUCUAACAAGGGUGUGGAAAGAAGUAUCUCUCAUUUCUUAGUGAUUAUUUUAGAGCUUACCGUCAUUGUGUUGGCAUGAUGGCAGCUGUGUUCUCUGUACUACACGGACAAGCAGCUAUCAGCAUGGGAGCUGACAGUAGAAGUGAGACUUGUGGGUGCUCUGGAGAGCCAGUAAUCUACAAAAUGUUAUGUCUGGAAGCACCCUAUUAUUCAAUUGCUCUGAACCUGUUUAAGUCUGGUAAAACAAGAAAAAAAUGGUGUUAAUUCAGAGCUAUUCAGAAGCAAGUCCCAUUGAGUUCAGUGGAAUUUACUCCCAAGUAAGUGUGUACAGGAUUCUAGCCUAUUCUUUUCUAACAUGGAAUGCAGAGUUUGGUGCUUAGGGGGUGUAUCCAACAUUAACCAUACACAGAGUAGAUCUUUUAAGGUCAAAUGUGGCCCUCUAGCUGUUUUGGGACUACAAUUCCCAUCAACCCUGACCACUGGUCCUGUUAGCUAGGGGGUGAUGGGAGUUGUAGUCACAAAACAGCUAGAGGGCCAUGUUUGGCCAUCCCUGUUUUAUAUGCACUACUUCCCAGUGGGGAACUGGCAUGCACAUCUGGAAGCCUGGAAAUGACAUUGAGGCAUUAAAAAUGAGGAAACAUCCUGGCUCCUGAUUAUCUGAGGGAAUGUUCCUUCCUUACCAUAUUUUGAAAGGCAGGUCAAAACCUUUCUUUUCCAAAGAGAAUUAUGAAAAUGGUUAAACCCUAGUUCUUCCCAAAGCAUACACAAUAUGCAAGCAAAUCAUAACCAAAGGUUGCAGGAUUCCUUAGAGAGGAAAUCAAGGACGAGGCCAUUUGUAAAAGUAGGUUUGGGUUAGACAGAAUCUUCCAUGUGCUCCUGAAAGGUUCUGAGACUCUGGAAAUUUGUGUUAUUCCCCCCCCCCCCAAAUAAGCACUGCUCCAGUUUAUUUACAAGACUGAACUAAAGAGACAACAGCUUGAUAAAGGAAAAAGUGGUGUAAGUUUAACAAUUACGCAAAAUAUUUUAAUAUCUUUUUUGAAAAUGUUAUCCUUUCAAAAAAAAACUUGCAAUGGCUUUAGUCCAUGUGGUAUAUGUCAUGUUAGAAGGAUCUGCAAUUGUUUGUCUUAAAAACAUUAAAAUAUGAUUUGAACAUUUUACUAUCUCUCUCCUUCUCAGAUUCAUUAAAAGAUCAUCCACAGCAGCAGCCCGGCAUGCUUUCUCGUGUGACUGGUGGCCUCUUCAGCAUAACAAAGGGAGCUGUUGGUGCCACAAUUGGUGGUGUAGCAUGGAUAGGAGGGAAAAGCCUAGAAAUGACCAAAACAGCAGUAACAGCCGUGCCUUCCAUGGGAGUAGGAUUGGUAAAAGGAAGUGUUUCUGCUGUGACAGGAGGUGUUACAGCUGUAGGAUCUGCUAUCACAAGCAAAGUGCCUUUAACAGGGAAGAAGAAGGAUAAGUCUGACUAA